CCGAUCCUAUGAGAUGUACACGUUUCCCCCGGACUGAAACGACCGCCUCUCCAGCCUGCGGUGGCCUCGUCGCGGCCCGUCCGGCGGCCAUGGGCCUCGACGAGGACUACGGCGACGAGUUCCACGACGACGACGAGCAGCUCGAGGAGGUCGGCGCGGCGCCGCUCUUCGACGCCAGCGACGCGCUGGCGGAGGACAGCAUGGCCGACAUCAAGGCCCUGGCCAUGAGCUCGCCGGCCGUCGGGAACGUCGGCGACGACGACUACGACGAGGAGUACGCCGAGGAGUUCGAGGACGAGCACCCGUCCCCCGCCAAGGCGGCGCCGCCGGCGGUCCCGGCCGCGGCCUACGGCGCGCCCGAGGACGACGGCUACGACGACCGCACCGCGGCCAUCGACGAGCCCCUCGACGACGAGCCCGCCGUCGGCGAGGCCGUGCGGCGGUCCGGCGCCGACGCCGCGGACCUGGCGUCCUUCGCCGGCGAGCCGCUGGAGCUCGACGGCGCGUCCGCGGGCUUCGCGGACCCCGAGCCGCUCGACGACGGCGACGUCGCCUCGCCGCGGCCGCCCGCGGGGUCGCUCGCCGAGGCGUCGGGCGCCAACGGCUCCGUGCUCCACGAGUUCGUCGUCGAGCGGCUCCAGGCGACGAACGCCCAGCUCCGGCGCCAGCUCGAGGACUUCAAGCAGCUCCUCCGAAGCUCGCUCGAGGCGAACAAGGGCGAGGAGCCCGCGAGCCCGCGCGCGCCGCGGCGCGCGAGCCCCCGGGCGUCGCGGGGCAAGAGCCGGUCGCCGUCGCGGCGGCCCCAGGAGUGCAUGGUGACGCCCUUCGCCUACCCCAUCUCCCAGAAGCAGCUCGAGCUGUCGCAGCGGAAAGCUUUGGCGUACUUCACGCAGAACCAGCGGCUCCAGCAGGAGCUGCUCGUCGCCCGCGGCGAGAACGGCGCGGGGCGGCGCGUGGAGAAGCGCGCCGAGGCCCUCGAGCGCGAGGUCGCGGCGCUCAAGGAGGAGAACCGGAGCCUCUGCGCCGUGCAGCGCAACCAGAGCCGCGCGCUCCAGACGUCCGCGGACAAGCAGGGCGCGCUGCCGGAUCUGGUCACGGGCCUCGAGUCGGCGCUCCGGGCCGCCCAGGAGGGCCAGCGGCGCGCCGACGCGCGCGCCGCGGGCGCGCAGAAGCGCGAGCGCGACGCGCGCGGCAAGGCCGCGGCGCUCGCCGCGGAGCUCGACGAGGUCAUGGGCUACGCCAACGCCAUGCGGUCCAUGCUCUCCGAGGGGAGCUCCGUGAUCGAGCCCGGCGCGUCCCUGGCGGUCGUCGAGCCCGGCGCGUCCGUCGCGGCCACGGCCGGCGAGCCCGACGCGGCCGCGCCGUCGCCCGCGGAGCCGGCGCCGGCGACGGAGCUCGUCGAGGCGCGCGCGGCGCCCAUGCCGUCCCUCGACGCCGUCAGCGCGUUGAGCGCGCCCAAGGCCAUCCGCAAGGCCGAGGCGCAGAAACUGGCCCUCGCCGAGCGCACGCACGCGGCGGCUCUGACGGAGAACGCGAAGCUGAAGGACCACUGCGCGGCGAUGCAGCGCGCCUUGCAAAAGUACCAGCUCCGGUCGUCGCGGGAGGUGCUGAACCUCAAGGCCGACCGCGAGAAGAAGGCCAAGGAGGUCGAGCGCCUCGAGGCGACGCUCGUGCAGCGCGAGCGCGACCUGCGAUUGCAGCAGGCGACGGUCAUGAAGCUCAAGGGCAACCUCGAGAAGCUCAUCGAGCGCUACCACAAGCUGAAGGCCGCGGCCAACAGCCAGGUGUCGUCCGCGUCCCAGGUGCUCUCGACGCUCAUCGAGCCCAACAAGUCGCCGAGCGCGUCGCACGCGAACAUCUCGCCCGUGUCGUCCGCGUCCGCGUUCUCCAAGGCGAGCCCGGAGAAGCGCGACGCGGAGCCCGUCGAGCCGGCGGACGGCGCCUUCGUCACCCAGCCCAAGGGCGGCGCCUUCGACGCCAUGGCGGCCCAGUUCCACCCCGUCAAGCCCGAGAUCCCGCCGCCGGACCGCAUCCGCACGAAGAAGUCGCCGCGGCCCCACAACGCGGGCUAG